AUGAGUGAUUAUCUCUUGGCAAAUUAUAGUCAUGAAUAUGAAAAUGAAUUUAUGUAUUUAAUGAUAGAAACAAGUAUGGGAACAAAAUUUGAUAAUAAUGAUAAAUUACCUAAAUGUCUUGUUAUGGUUGGUGGCAAACCUAUUAUUCAAUGGCAAAUAGAGGUGCUUGAGAAAUUAAAUGUUAAAGAAUUAGAAAUUGUAGUUGGAACGUCUGUUGUUGCUCUUGUUCAAUCAACUGUUGGAUCAAUUAAGACAACAAUUAAUAUCCAUUAUUAUCCAAUUGAUGAUAUGGAAUUCUUACACAAUGGAGUUGCAUUAAAAAAAUCAACAAAUAUUAUUGUUAAAAUGAAACGUGUUUCUAGUCUAAUAGGAAAUGGAAUAAACUUACCUUGUCCUUCUUCAGUUUCUCAAUUUGGAAAAUUAAUUAAUCAUAAAAUUAGAGAUAUUUUUGAUAAAGCAGAUAUUAAACGUGAACAACCUAUUGUUUUUGAUAAUGAAAUGCUUGGAAAUUAUUUAGGGAUAUUUGGUGAUAAAUUAAAUGAUGUCACUCAAUAUAUUCUUAAUAUUAUUACACCUGAUAAAAUAUUAUUAUCUCAAACUAAAAAUAAAAGUAAUAAAAUACUUGAAAACCACUGUAACUCACCAAUUAUUCAUUCUUUAGAUAUUGAUACUUUGAAAACAGAAACCAACAAAGAAGAAAUUAUACAAAAUGAAAAUAUUAGUUUUGUUAGUUUUGAUAAUCAAGAAAUAUUCUUCAAUAAUGAAUGUCCUAUCAAUAAUGGAUCAAUUAAUAUUAUUACUGCUUUUCCUUAUAGUAAUUGGCAAAUUCCUUAUACGGCAUUUAUCAAUAAUACUACUCAACAACUACCAAGUCUUUCAAGUUCUGGGCUAAUUUGA